CACUUUUCCUUGCAUAAAAUUUUACAAGCCGCGCGAAGAUAUACAGCUUUGAAAUAGCAUAAACAUACAGAAAUAGAAGAGUGCACGACAUGCUUUAGAAAUGCAUAGGGGAGGUGAAUCAAGUAGAAGUAGAGGAGGACGUAAAAGAGGUAGAAGAGGAGGUGAUCACAAUGGUGAUGAUCCAAGUAAUCACAGAGGUCGUCACCCGUCUGGUCUGACUGGCAAAGACAUAGGCUUAUGGUAUGCACGUAGGGGUAAAUCUAAGAGAGAAAAACUUGAUAUUCAAAAACGGUCAGUGAUAACAUUAAACAAAGAUCAUGAAGCUCAGAUUUCGUCGCUGCUGCAUGACAUGAAAACAGAUGUUCCAAUAAAAGAUGAAGCAGGGUCAUCAUCAACAUUGGCAUCAUCAGCAUCGCCAACAUCAACAUCGCCAACAUCAACGUCGCCACCAUUAACAUCGCCACCACUAACAUCGCCACCACCAACAUUACCACCAUCAAUAUCGACACCAUCAACAUCGCCACCAUUAACAUCGCUGUCAUCAAAGGUUAAUUUAGAUAUUGUAAAACAGGAAGAAAUGGAGAUAGAAAAUAUUAAAGAAGAAGAAGAAACUUUCAAUGACAACAAAAUAACAUUGGAAGUGAACAAAGUAAAAUUUGAAUACACAGAAAAUCGAAAUUGUGCUCUUAAGUCUGAUCCAGAUUUUGAUGAAAAAAUAUAUUCAGAUUUCAUAGAAAUGAAAGAAGAAACAAAGUGCAAGAAGAUGCUGGAAUUUCGUAAGAAGCUUCCUGCUUAUAAAAUGAAGGAGACCCUACUCCAACUGGUGUCAAUUAAUCAAGUUUUAGUUAUUAGUGGAGAAACUGGAUGUGGAAAAACAACCCAGGUCGCACAGUUUAUUUUAGAUUAUUUUAUAAUCAAAAAAAGAGCUUCAGAAUGUCAUAUAAUAUGUACACAACCGAGAAGAAUCAGUGCUAUUUCUGUUGCAGAACGAGUUGCAUCAGAACGUGGAGAAGCUUUUGGAAAUACAUGUGGAUAUCAGAUCAGAUUGGAAAGCCACCUUCCAAGGUCAAGAGCUUCAAUAUUAUACUGUACUACUGGAAUUCUGCUGAGGCGACUUAUAAAUGACCCGUACCUUGCAAAUGUGAGUCACAUAAUUUUGGAUGAAAUACAUGAACGAGAUCUGAUGUCAGACUUUUUAAUGGUUAUUGUGAGAGAUUUAUUACCACAUAGGCCUGAUGUAAAAGUUAUUUUGAUGAGUGCAACAUUAAAUGCAGAGAUGUUUUCAACUUAUUUUAAUAAUUGCCCAAUGCUUUAUAUUCCUGGCUUUACAUACGAGGUCACAGAAUACUUUCUUGAACAAAUACUAGAUCUAACAAGAUUUUAUAUCACUCCUCCGCUUCGAAAAAGACCAAUAUAUGGCAAGAACAGAAAGGUGAAAUUAGAAGAGCAACAAAGAUUUUCUAAUUAUAUCUACAGCAUUCAGAACAAAUAUACAAGGUAUACAAUAGAAUCUUUAGAAAACAUGGAUCAUGAGUACAUUAAUCAUGAUCUGAUUUUGCAUGUUAUCAAAUACAUUUGUCGCAAUUUUGAGGAUGGCGCAAUACUUAUCUUCAUGCCAGGAUGGGACCAGAUAAGCAAGCUUCACGACAUGCUUGAAAAGGAGCCUUGUUUUGACUCAAGUAAUUCUAUUUUGAUACCUCUGCACUCCUUGAUGCCAACCACAAACCAAAGAGAGGUAUUUGAAAGGCCACCACCUGGAGUGCGCAAAAUUAUUAUAGCGACCAACAUUGCGGAAACGAGCAUUACAAUUGAUGAUGUGGUUUUUGUUAUUGAUACUGGUAAAACUAAAGAAAAGACUUACGAUGUUGAAAAUAACAUAUCUUGCCUUCAACCUGUUUGGAUAAGCAAGGCAUCUGCUAAGCAAAGAAAAGGAAGAGCUGGAAGAGUUCAAAAAGGAAUUUGUUUUCACCUGUAUACUCAGUAUCAUUAUGAUAAUUUUCAAGAAUAUCAACUUCCAGAGAUGUUAAGAACACCUCUUGAUCAACUCUGCUUGCAGCUGAAGAUACUAAGACUUGGAAAAAUGUGGAAAUUUCUUUUAAAAUCCAUUGAACCUCCAUCAAAAAAAGCUGUAGAUAACGCUAUCGAAUGUUUGACUCAAAUGAGAGCGCUGGACGAACAUGAAGAUCUAACACCGUUAGGUUACCAUUUAGCAAAGAUCCCAGUUGCUCCGAAAGUAGGACGAAUGAUUUUGUUUGGUGCCAUCUUCUCUUGUCUUGAUCCAGUAUUGACUAUUGCUGCUAGCCUCGACUUCAAAGAUCCUUUUUAUAUACCCAUUCACAAAGAAAAAGAAGCUGACGUGAAGAAAAACGAGUUGUCACGUGGUUCAAAAAGUGAUCAUAUCAUGCUUAUUAAUGCAUUUAAGGGAUGGGAAGAAUCAAAGUUGAUGGGUACUGAGGGACAAUAUUGCUGGAGAUAUUUUUUAUCGAUAAAUACGUUAAGGAUGAUUGACAACAUGAAGAAACAAUUUGCACAAUUGUUGUACGACAUUGGGUUUGCAACGAAUUCGUGCCCGAAAAAUCCAGCUGCUAACAUACAAUCUGAAAACGUCAACCUCAUCAAGGCAGCGAUAUGUGCUGGUUUGUAUCCUAAUGUUGCGAAGGUGAUCCCAGGGAAAGAAGGGAAAAAGAGGCCACCGAAGUUAGGUACUGUGUCGUAUGGUCGUGUUGAAAUCCAUCCAAAGUCAGUGAACAGUGACGUUCGACAGUAUGAAUCACAAUGGUUGAUUUAUCAUCAAAAAAUGAGAACGAACAAGCUUUAUUUGUUUGACUCGACGAUGAUUGCACCAUUUCCGCUUCUAUUUUUUGGUGGCAAGAUUACUGUUCAUCAAGAAAAUGGUCACGACACAAUAGAAGUGGAUGAGUGGAUUAAGUUUCAUUCACCCUUGAAGACUGCUCAGUUGGUUAAGAAAUUACGUCAUGAACUAGAUAUUCUGCUAAACAAGAAAAUCAACAAUCCAGCUAUGGAGCUGGGAGUUGGUCACAUGACUGAAUCACGUGAUGAAAGGAUAUUGGCAGCAAUAAUAGAUCUGAUAACCACUGAGAAAGUCAAGACGAAAUCGGAUACAGGUUACAAAUGAUGUCAACAUUAUAUAAGACAGCUUGUGAUGAAACCGAUAUAAUCAUCGAAUGUUAUGACAAAAAAUAGAUGAAAUUCUUAUGCCAUCGAGUUAUCCCGAUGCAAAACCGCUAAUAUGUUUCUAUUGGUUUUCUUCAAGGUUGCAUGGAGCAUGCAUCUGUAUGUGUGUGAUUUAAGAAGUAGCAUUUCCUAAAAAUUGACACUGGAAUGUUUGUAUAAAUUGCAGUGUCAAAAUUGAAUUGUUAAACUUUCAUGUUGUUGUCAAUAAAAUGGACACUCCAAUCUUGUAGAAUCGUUUUAUAUUCUGUUCCCAGUAUGUUUUAGUUAGUAGAACUAUGGUUUGUUUAUAUAUUUAAAUGUAUAUAAUUUAUAAAUUUUAAUGCAUUGAUGCAUAUUAACUUUCUUUAU